GGUUGCCAAAGACCAUAUUUUAUAGUUUUAUAUGCAUUUUUACAACUCUCUGAAAACAUUCAAGAGAGCUCAGCAACCCUCUGCUGUUUUGGGCUGUUCUUCUCCAACUCUGUUUUACUUCCAGUCACAUGCACUCUCUACCAAGACUCAGAGCACUUGCUCUCUUACACCAGAAACUAACAUCCAAUUCCCAGGUCAAACAAAUCCACGCCCAGUUGAUCAUCAAUGGCCUCAAUUCACCUUCCAUUUUGGCAAAACUAAUCCAGCAAUACUACACCCUACCAGACCCACAAAGCAUCCAAAACUAUGCCUAUUCAGUUUUCAAACACUUUGACAAACCAAACCUUUUUCUCUUCAACACUUUGAUAAGAUGCUCUCAACCCAAGGAGUCUAUUCUAGUUUUUGCUGAUUGGGUAUCAAGGGGAGACUUGGUUUUUGAUCAUUUUACUUACAUUUUCAUUCUUGGAGCUUGUGCUCGAUCUCCUUCCAUGCCAACAUUAUGGGUAGGGCGACAAACACAUGCCCAAAUGCUGAAGCGUGGUACUAUGUCUAAUAAUUUGUUGCAAACCAUUGCCAUACAUUUCUAUGCAAGUAACAAGGAUGUUAGUUCAGCAUGGAGAAUGUUUGAUAAAAUGAUAGUGAGAAACAGCAGUACCUGGAAUGUGAUGAUCAAGGGGUAUUGUUCACAGAGAGAAAUCGCCCGUGAAGCAUUGGUUUUGUUUCGAGGCAUGUUGGAAGAUGAUUGUGGAGUGAAACCAACGGAUACUACUAUGGUUUGCAUUCUUUCCGCAGCUUCUCAGUUGGGUGUAUUGGAAACUGGUGCUUGUGUUCAUGGUUAUAUUGAGAAGACAAUUCCUUUUCCAGAAAAUGAUGUGUUUAUUGGCACGGGUCUUAUCAAUAUGUACUCAAAAUGUGGAUGUCUUGACAGUGCUUUAACCAUUUUUAUGACAAUGGAAGAGAAACAUAUCUUAAUUUGGACAGCAAUGGCAACCGGGCUUGCCAUUCAUGGAAAGGGAAAAGAAGCUUUGAAGCUUUUCGAUGAAAUGGAUGCUUAUGGAGUAAAACCCAAUUCAAUGACUUUCACCAGUUUGCUUUCGGCUUGUUGCCAUGGUGGACUUGUUGAAGAAGGCCUCCAUUUUUUUUUUUUUUUUGAUAGUUUGCGGCUAAAACAGAUAAGCAAUCGUUAUGUCCUAGAAAUAAAGAUUGAGGUUUUUAACUCGAAUACAUUCGAAUUCUCCAUCAGAGUGUUUGAGUUUGUAAACUUUAUAGGCAGGACUAAAGUCUUCAACACAUCUACAGGCUAUAAGAAGAUCACCAUUAGCAGUUUCCACAAGAAUUCAUGA